UUUUUUCACGCAGGAGCAACCUCGUUUCAUAAACGGUCCGCCGACUGAGCGCUCCGGUCUGUCAACCCCGACAACGAAUCGUCGCUUCCCGCGCAACUGGACCCAGACAGCGAUCCCGGUUCGACGCCAUGCCUGGUUUCUUCAUCGUCGACUCGGUCCACACGCCGCUGCCCUGGUACAGCCUGAUCCCCAUCUUCGGCUUCUCGCUGUUCCUCCUCGGUGUCAUCUGGUACCAGAGGACCGAGUUCUACUGGCUGACGGACGUGGCUCAAGACCUGCGCUCGUACUUCAGGACACGCUACCGUAAGGCGUCUCAACAUAGCUGCGAGUCCCACAUACCCUGGUUUAUCUCGGGCAACUCUUACAACGGCGGCACCGUGGCCUUCAUCGACGUCCACAAGCCCACGUCAUCGUCCGCCGCCGCCAACCUGAACGCCGCCGACCCGUCUUCGUCGCAGAACGGAGGGAUCGGCGUCGCUUCGCCCAAGGUCACCGAGGGUCGUCCACGUCAGGUAGAACACGUGCCGAUUCAUGAGAUCCCUUUGCCUGCCGGGAACGGACCUGACGAGUGACAACUGGCAGCUGCCACUGGUGACUCCGACGUUUCUGUUUCCCUGACUGCUCGAUGUUUAGUUUUCUGCAAGCGGCAGCGUGGUCAACAUCCGCGAACCUGUAGACGUCUUGUGGUAUUAACUUACAGUAUCAUUGAGCACAGUUCGGAAAUUAGUCUUUAUGGUCGGUGACAAGUUAGGAGCGCAGGGCAAGCUCUUCGCACAAGACUGUCCACUUUUUCCGCUUUAGUGGAGCGAAAGCUGAACAGAAGGUGAAGACAGAUAUGCCUCCACUCCUGUGUUCACUCUGUUAAAGUAGAAAGAAGCUUGCCCUGUCACCGACUAUAAUUUGGGCUUGAUAAAAUAGGUAUUUCCCUAACUUGACUUGUGUAGCGUGUAUAUAAGUGCAUGUCUGAAUUCCUUCCAUUUUGUGUAUACAUAUUUUUUUUAUUGUACAGAAGAUUGUAUGCCAUGUAAGAUUGUUUUUAUUCCUCCGCACGCAUCAAGUUCGUGUAGUGUUUUCUUCGUGACGUUCUGGCGCUUUCUUAUUUCUUAGUACCUAUUGUUUGUGUCCUUCGUUGUAGUGAGUAAGUGGGUGUGCCAUUCAUCCAACGUUAUCAGCAUACAAUGGUAGGCACAAGCCGAUCUAGAUCCAUAUAUCCUCGUUACUGAUUCUUAUUACAUAUCCAACGACGUUGCCUUUCAUUGUCCGAGUUGUCGUUAGUCAAACAUUGAUCCAGUCAUAUUUAUUGCGUCUUGUGUUUAUUAAACACCA